GUAAAGAAAUGUGGUCUGUGGGAAGUUCCUCGUUUCAAGUGUUCGCUGUCCGCGGUGCUGAAAGUCCCGCAGCUAUAAGUAACGGCCCUAAAACCAGUCAAGACCAGUUUUCAGCCAGGAAUACGCAUUGCGAACAAAGGUAAAUGAAUGAAUUUAAUUAAAAAUGAACUAAACAGUUGUUGUGCGUUACUUUUUUGUUAUUUUCCUCAGUAUAAUUUUAAUAAUGUGAGAUACGUGUGUUCAUGUUUAAACGGUGAGCGUGUUGAUUGAAACAUUUAGUCACAACUGCACACAUAUCCAUCCCAGAUUCCUAGUUGGACCCCCAGUCAGAUUCCCAGUUUGAACCCCCUGUCGGAUGAUGCCCGGCUGGAACCCUGGUGAAACUUCCAGUUCCUCUAAAACUGUCUCCACUCCACUCAAUCGUUGUGAGUUCAUCUCGGGCUCGCUGUGGGCUCAGGGUCCGGGCUCGCUGUGGGCUCAGGGUUCGAACUCGCUCCAGCAGCAGAUGGAAAAUAGAGAGAUCGAGAACCCCUCCUCCUCCCUGCUCCCCAAAGCACAUCGAUCGCGGGGUGGAGAAAUAGUGCCCCGUUAGCGAAUCCGCCUUCAGUUCACCGCUAUAUAAAGGCAGGAGGACAGAAGAGCGCUGCUGUGUGAGCCGUCCUCCCCCACCGGUGCGCACCAGUUCCUCACGCACCCGCACACACACACACGCACACACAGACACACACUUCAGCACACACAGACACACCGAGGGCACGCCGAGCGUACACGGUCCGGCCGCUCUCUCCUCACCUCCCGGGAUGAGUUUCACCCUGGACACGCUGGGGAGCCCGUACCGCCGCGGGAUGAGCUACCGCAGCGGCGGCUCCCCGACCAGCGGCUUCCGCUCGCAGUCCUGGUCCCGGAGCGCACCGAGCUCCGCGCUCUCCGUCUCCUUCAAGAGGAGCACCCACGCGCCGGCUGCGCGCGCCUACAGCUCGGCCGAGAGCAGCCUGGACUGGAGCGCGCCGCCGCUGCUCAACGGAGAGCUGAAGCGCACUAGCGAGAAGGAGCAACUGCAGGGACUCAACGACCGCUUCGCGGGGUACAUCGAGCGCGUGCACCAGCUGGAGCAGCAGAACGUGCAGAUCCAGGAGGAGAUCGCGGCGCUGCGCGGCAAGCAGGCGUCUCGCUCCCAGCUGGGCGAGCUCUACGAGCAGGAGCUGCGCGAGCUGCGCGCCACCCUAGAGGGCGUGCACCGCGAGAAGGCGCAGGUGCAGCUGGACGCCGAGCACCUGGAGGAGGACAUCCAGCGGCUGAAGGAGCGCCUCGAGGACGAGGCGCGCCUCCGUGAGGACACCGAGGUGGCCAUCCGCGCGCUCAAGAAGGACGCGGACGAGUCGAGCCUCGCUAAGGUGGAGCUGGACAAGAAGGCGCGCUCCCUGGAGGAGGAGAUGGAGUUCCUGCGCAAGAACCACGAGGAGGAGGUGCAGGAGCUGCUGGCGCAGCUGCAGGCCAGCCAGGUGAGCGUAGAGAUGCGCGAGCACCAGAAGGCGAACAUCACGGAGGCGCUGCGCGAGAUCCGCGCGCAACUCGAGGGCCACUCGUCGCAGAACCUGCAGCAGGUCGAGGACUGGUUCCUGGGCCGCUUCUCGAAGCUCAACGAGGCGGCCGAGCAGAAUAAGGAGGCGAUCCGGGCUGCCCGCGACGAGAUCGCCGAGUACCGGCGGCAGCUGCAGAGCAAGAGCGUGGAGCUCGAGACCGUGCGCGGCACCAAGGAGUCGCUGGAGCGGCAGCUGAACGACAUCGAGGAGCGGCACAACGGCGACCUGGCCAGCCUGCAGGAAACCAUCCACCAGCUGGAUAAUGAGUUGAAGGGGACAAAGUGGGAGAUGGCUCGACACCUGCGGGAGUAUCAGGACCUGCUUAACGUCAAGAUGGCCCUGGACAUUGAGAUUGCAGCCUACAGAAAACUGUUGGAGGGGGAGGAGACCCAUUUCAGCUCCUUUUCCAGCUCAUCCUUCCAAUACAGGCAGCCCAUUACCACUAUCAAAACCACCAAAGUGAAGGCUGAACUCCCCAAACUCAAGGUUCAACACAAGUUUGUAGAAGAGAUCAUUGAGGAGACACGUGUGGAGGAUGAGAAGUCUGAAAUGGAUGAAGCACUGGCAGAAAUGGCAGAGGAAAUGGCCAGUGCAGCUGAGGGUGAGGGAGAAGAGGAAGAGGCAGAGGUAGAAGCAGAGGCAGAGGAGGAAAUAAUAGCCUCCACUGAUGCCAAAGUUAUGGCCAGUGAACCUGAAGAGGCAGAAGAGGGAGAGAAAGUGGAGGAUGAAAAAGAGGAAGGAGUAGAAGAAGGGGAGGAGGCUGAGAAAGAAGACAAAGUGGAGGGAAAAGGUGUUGAGGAAGAGGGAGCUGAAGAGGAAGGGCAAGAAGAGGAGGCUGCAGAGGAAUCAACAGUUGAAGAGACUGUAGAAAGCAGCACAGUCACAAAGACAGAGGCUACCCCCGAGAAAGAACAGGAGGAGCAAGAGAAAGAGGCAAGUGCUGGAGAAGACGAAGGGGAGGAGGGAGAGAAGGGCAAGGACAAAGAAGCAGAAGAGGCAGGUAGUGGCAAAAAUGAGAAGGAGGAAGAAGAGAAGGAUGAUGCAGCCAAAAAGAGUCCAACCAAGGAAAGCCCAACCAAGGAAAGUCCAACUAAGGAGAGUCCAACUAAGGAAAGCCCAACCAAGGAUGAAGGAGGCAAGGAAAGUCCAACCAAGGAAGAAGCAGCCAAGGAAAGUCCUACAAAGGGAAGUCCAACCAAGGAAGAAGGGGGCAAGGAAAGUCCAACUAAGGAAGAAGGAGCCAAAGAAAGUCCAACCAAGGAAAGCCCAACCAAAACAGAAGAAGCUAAAAAAAGCCCAACUAAGGAAAGUCCUUCCAAGGAAAGUCCAACUAAGGAAGAAGCAGUUAAGGCUGUAGCUGAAAAGGGAGACAAAAAGAGUGAUUCUAAAGGUGAGGCUGGGGAAGACAAGGCUGAAAAGAAAGAUGCAGCAAUGAAUGGAGAAGUAGAAAAAGGAGGACCAGAUGAGAAAGACACAAAAGAAGAAGAAAAGGAAGUGAUUGCGAAUGGCGUUGACGAGAGUCCUACCAAAGAAGAGAUGGGCCAAAAAGUUGUCAUCACUAAAACAGUUGAGACAAUCACCACAGGUGAAGAUGGUGAAAAGCACAUCACAAAGUCUGUCACUGUCACCCAGACUGUGAAACAGCUGGAGGAAGUGACUGAGAAAGUGGUGUCCAGCAAAACAGUAGAAAAAGUCUCUACCCAGGCAGUCAAGCAAGGCACAGAAACCGAUUAAGCACUUUAAAAAUGAGUACUAGAAAUAAAGGAAGAUGUAGGCAAUCAAUAAAUAUGUAACAUAAGAUAGAAAUGUCAUAAAAGUCAUAAAAAAUAUAUGACAUUUGCUCAGAAGAAUGAUUGACCUUGAGAAGGCAAUAUGAUAUGAAAAAGCUCAUUCAAAACUGCAUGUGGGUGAUUGCUUUAUUGCAGAUGCAGCUGGUGGAGGCGCCCAGGUUUCAGAUUUUAUUUUAGUUCGUUUCUGCAAUAUGGGGCAGGGAUUUGGGGUUGGAGGCAUCUGCAUGCAAGCUCCAAGAUAUGUGCUGUCCUUGGAAUUGGGAAGACAUUUUUUUUGUAAAUAAUGGGUUGUGCAGACUGGGAGGGUAGGGAUGCGUGAAGCAUUUACAUGUUGAAGCCUUAUUUACGCAAAGAGGUCAGCUGAGCCAAAUAAAGAGAGUUCAAAAUUCAUAUUCCAUCUUAAACAGGAGAGAGAAAGGGAGGUAAGCAGGAAACAUGGUGCAGUUCAGAGCUGACAGAUCAUUUUAAAAUAGCCUUAAACAUGCUUUUUAUUGUUAAUCAAUCCUACGUUUACCUUAUGAGUGCGAUCAAAAUAAAUGACUAGGGAUACGUAUGGUUAUGUAUUGAAAAGCGGAACUUUUAAUCCACGAAUGAAUACAAAAUAAGGUGCUACAGUUUGCUAACCAUGUCUUUACUCCUUGCAGUCCAUUUCCUCAGCAGCAAUCGCUCAAUAAACUUCAUCCAGAAAUACUAUCA